AUGGCUGCCCCCGCAGACAGCAACCUCAAGACCCUCAAUGGAGAGUGGACAAUGGACAAAACUCUCUCCAACCCUUCAGAGCCCAUUCUCGAGCUGCAAGGAAUGAGCUGGCUCAUGCGUAAAGCUCUCAGUGUCGCAACAGUCACUCUCUCCAUCAAUGAGUAUCCCGAUGCUGCAGAUCCGACUAUAUGGCACAUCGAUAUCGAUCAGACGGUCACUGGUGGCAUCAAAGGUACAACUGAGAGACGUAUCAGCGACAACAAGGUUCGAGAGCACGACGACCACAUCUUUGGCCAUCUCAAAGGUCAGUCGCGGUUCUUCCGGGGAUCUAAGGGCGAGGACGGAAAGGUGCGCCCUUAUACAGAAUUCGAGACCAAGAUCGACGAACCCCAGGUCUACAAAUUCCUUAGAGGGGAGAUUCUAGCCGACGGAAGUGCAUCCGAGGGCUUUGUUGUUGAGGAAAUCGGUGAAGAGUUUGGCGAGGGAGAGGGGCUCUGGUAUCUCAGCUUUGUGGAGAACGUGGACAGCGGCUGGACUGCCGAACAGGUUUGGGGUUUCGAGAUCAUUGACGGCAAGCGCUAUUACACUCGUCGUGUUGCUGUCGUCAAGGGCACAAAAUACAAGCUGGCCCGGCUGGUCUACAGCUUCGUAAAGCCACGGACUGAGUAG